GUUGGUUCCUUCCUGGUCUUGAACUGCUUGCUUUCACGUGAUGCCGCAUUGAACUUUCUGUGAGCUUAGGCCUCUUUUGGCGAGCUUUGUGAAGCCGCCGCGAAAUCCAAGCAGCCUGAUCAACAACUUCUUCGAAAAAUCCCCAUUCAACUCUCCAAACCAUCAUGCCUGCCACUACAGCGGAAACGCUCUCUUUCGUCUCGAGGACCGUCUCGGUUGCCCCCCUCGUCCUUCUCUCAGCUGCAGAUCAUUAUGGCCGUUCAGCCAAGGGCACGCGCAAACGAGUGGUUGGAGUUUUGCUAGGGCAGAAUGAUGGCAAGAACGUGAGGGUAUCAAACAGCUUUGCUGUCCCUUUCGAAGAAGAUGACAAGGACCCUUCAGUAUGGUUUCUGGAUCACAACUACGUCGAGUCGAUGAACGACAUGUUCAAGAAGAUCAAUGCAAGAGAGAAGUUGAUAGGAUGGUACCACUCGGGGCCUAAGCUGAGAGCUUCUGAUUUGGAGAUCAACGAGCUGUUCAAGAGAUACACACCUAAUCCAUUACUGGUUAUUAUCGAUGUUCAACCGAAGGAGGCGGGUGUACCAACAGAUGCAUACUUUGCGGUUGAAGAGAUCAAAGAUGACGGAACCACUACAUCCAAGACCUUCGUGCACACGCCCUCGAUCAUCGAAGCCGAAGAGGCGGAGGAGAUUGGAGUUGAGCAUUUGCUGAGAGAUAUUCGAGAUGUUGCCGUUGGAACCUUGUCAACAAGAAUCACAUCACAACUACAAUCUUUGCAAGGGCUGCAUUUACGGUUACGAGACAUUGGGCAAUACCUUCAAAAAGUCCUCGACAAACAACUGCCUGUCAACCACGCAAUCUUAGGCAACUUGCAAGAUGUUUUCAACCUCCUACCAAAUCUUUCUACACCAAAGGCUUCAUCACACAUCCCCAACGGUAUUGACACACCUGCAAAGAACAACAGCGAGCUCGCACAUGCUAUGAGCAUCAAGACCAACGAUCAGCUGAUGGCCAUCUACCUCAGUAGUUUGAUCCGAGCCAUCACCGCCUUCCACGAUCUGAUCGAGAACAAGAUCCAGAACCGCCAACAACAAGAGGAGAAGGAGGCAAAGAAGGACGAAGUCAAAGAUGACAAAGACAAGAAGAUAAAUGGCGUGAACGGCGUGAAUGGAGAAGUGAAGGAGGGAAAGGAAGCCGAAAAGGAGAAAGAGGAGAAAGACAAAAAGAAGUGAUGACGAUAAUGAAGAUGGCGUUUGGUUCUUCCGGGUGUUCAUGGGACAUCAGACGGCAUAGUAUAUUUCAAUUCAUGGGAUAUGUGCCAUUGUAUCAUAGAUGCGUAGCUUAAUACAGCCACGCAAUUGUGCCUUUAUCAUCCUCCUGCGUUCCGUAACUCCUGGCCAUGUCUUGUCCUGACUCCAAACGCAAUAAUACCCAGCUCCCAUAUUUCUCAAAACCCCCUGAAGAAAGGCAGAAUUCCUCACCUUCCACUGACUGCAAAUCUGAUUCACCAGAUCAACCCUCACCACCAGCCCCACCCAUCUCCUCACUACUCAC